UGCGCUGAUGUUAGUCAUCCGUAUAUGUGAGUUGUAAAUGCCGUUGAGAUAGCCUAUUUAAAUUACGAUGAUAUCACAGGCGUUUGUAAAUAUUAAUUAGGUAGUACCACGCAUCGAAUCGUGCAUCUGUGAAAUGUCGACACUGCCAAACAUGAGCGCGGCGACGAAUCUCAAGAAACACAGCACUCGUUGUCAACCAGAUGUUCACAAGAUGGGCUGUGUGGAGCGAACACAGGGGGAUGGCAUGGAGAACGUGACAAUGGAUAAGACUGAGACGAAACAAAGCAAAAGUCGUCUGGGAGACACCCUUAUUUAUCACCCCACCAACCUAAAGCAGUUGGGAUCGACGCCUCCUGUCAUGCCCAUCGGUACAAUAGUAAACCUAGUGCCAAAGAACAUUAGUAAUGUAAAGCAAGAGAAGCAUAUUCUGCAUUCCCUAAAAUCAAGGGAGCCAAAGUUCGUGCCGUACGAGCCGUACAAGGCAGCCGUCAACCCGAUAGUGCCGUUUGAAAAAAAGACCAAGAGACUGUCUAGGAAAGAGUCGAGCGUGAAGGCAACAAUCGCGCAAGUCGCUGCGAUGAAGAUUCAAGACGCCGAUACGAGAGUGAAGGAUUCUAUGAAAGAGAAUGAGGAUAAAGCAGCUGAGGACGAGUGGAAGAGCGAGAAACGUGCAUACGAGGCGGAGAUCCGCAAACUCAAGGAGGAAAACAGCCAGCUUGAGACUCAGUUAAAGUUUCAAGCACAGGUCAAUGGCGAAUUGAAGAAUCUGUUAGUCGCUGCAGUGGGAGAGGAUCUCGAGACGAGGGUUCAUUUAUUGACCGAGGACAAAUUACAACUCGCCCGUGCCCUCCUGAACUCGGCCCAGCAUUUGACCACACAUCAAGAACAAACCGAAUGGCUGGCAGGGCAAUGUGAAGUUUGGAGAAGUAAAUUUCUAGCUAGUAGCUUGAUGGUGGAAGAUUUAGCGAGAUGGAAGGCUGCGCUUUGCCAAAGAACAACGGAGCUGCAAGAAUCUAUGAAGCGGUUGUUGGAAGAGCAUAAUAUUAUUCGCGACACGUCGCUUAAAACUUAUAGGAUGCUUACGAUUCUGCGAGAAAAAUUCGACCCGAUAGGCACGACGUCCGGCAAGAAACACGAAUUAGCUAGCACGAAUAUCGUGGAUCUCACGCAGGGAUGCUGUCAGCUCGCGGAAAUUCUAAAGGUCAGCCUACUCAGUGGUGUCCCGGAUUCCGAAUUACGGAGAGAGAUCAAUAUAACCGGCUUGGAUAUGAAAACGCUCGCGGAGCACAACGCGGAGAAGCUGCUGAUGAAUCAAAAAUUACCGAUGUCAGGAAGGGAGGACGUUGCCUGCUCCGCGGUAAUGGGCGCGGCGGUCGCAGUUGGUGGACAAAUGUUUCUUCCACGAUGUGACAUUAAAAAUAUGACAUGCUGCCCGCACUGCAGCGGCGAGAUUAAACAAAUUUGAAAGUGACUCUACUUUUAUAUCUUCCACUUGAUGCUUUUUGUACUAAAUAUAUGAAAUAUUUUCAUCAUA